AACAAGAUGUCUGCUCCCAUGUCUGCCAGAAACGAGAAAGGAACAUUUUUAAAUCCUAAUUUUCAAUUAACCGUCGUCUAUAUUUCCCUUUAAAAGCAGCUAUUGAUUCGCUAGAAUCCUGUGUCAGAUGUGAAGAUUUUAUACCAGGCUCAAGAACCAGAAUGCAGGCUCUAUUGAAAGUUGGCCAUGGCCAGAAAGUUCUGUGUCGAUUUCUUCAUAUUGCACCCCUAAGGAGUCCUAGCAGACACAAACUACGGAAUGCUGCUUCUGUGCUUCAAACUCGGAACAUAACAUCACAGAAAGUUGUACCAAUGGAAUACUUUCCUACCACAAAGUUUGGCAGGACACCUCUUCAGUCAAGGGAUAUACUUUGUCUAGCCCAGCAGAGAUUCCAAAGUACUGUGAGAGGCAAUGAAUCUAGAGACAAAGUUGCAGAUGGUCAAGAGAAACCGGAAUAUAAACCUUUCUACCGUCUUCCAUACAUCGUUGGUCUGAGGAUACUUUCACGGGUCAAGAUAGCCCAGACAUGCUUUACAUUAGCCAUCCUUCCUCCACUCUAUAACUAUCAUGAAGCUGGUAUGGUGUCGACAUGGCAACUACAGCUCUCCAUCGGCACUGCGACCUUUGCCCUCUUCAUGCUCUACACCAUGAGCUUCUUCCUGAGGCGAGUGGUCGGGGCAAUGUACCUGCACCGAGAUGGAGACGUUCUCAAAGUCUCCCAUUUGACAUUUUGGGGGAGCAGGAGGGACACGGUUCUCCCUGUAAUGGACGUUAUCCCUCUGAGUGAAGGAAGCAAUAAGGCCGAAGAUGUAUUGAUGAAACUGGAGAGAUACACCACAAAAGACAUUCUCUACUUCACCCUAAGAUUUGGGCGUGUCAUUGAUGUAGAAGUUUUUGAAAAUGUCUUUGGUAGACCUCAAUGA